AUGCCACCGAGAACUUAUGACGAAACGUCUCUUCCACUAGAGUCCAGUCCGGAGAUCUUCACUUCACUCGCCCACAACCUCGGUCUCUCUUCUACUCUGGAGUUCGUAGAAGUGUAUGAUUUGGAUGAGACGCCCAAGGAGGAAGUUUUGGCUUAUGUGUUAGCCUUUCCAACAACUGAGGGGUAUGACGAGAUGGUAGACGCCAGAGAUCAGAAGCACUAUGUCAACGAAGACGAAGCAAAGGAAGCUUGGCGAGUGGAAGCAGAUGCUAGAUCUCACGGGAUUAACAAUGAAACAGUGCUAUGGCUGCGACAAACUAUACACAAUGCAUGCGGUCUCUACGCCCUUUUGCACGCGACAUGCAAUGGUGCUGCUAGAAACCACAUCAAAAAAGACUCAAUACUCCACACCCUCCUCGAAACACCACCCUCCCAACGAUCAUCCUUCUUAGCCUCAUCCACCGACCUCGUGACUUUGUACACCGCAGCUGCGAAUCAAGGCGAUACACCAACACCAGCAAAAGGUGAAGAGGUGAAUUGGCAUUACACUGCUUUCGUACCAGAUCCCGAGGGAGAAGGAGUACUUGAGUUGGAUGGGGAUAGAUGGGGUCCUUUGAGUCAUGCUGAGCUAGAUGACAGGGAUGGCAAGGCAGGAGCAGGCUUUGGCGCAAAGGCUAGAAGGGCGAUCAAGAAAGAGUACUUUGAGAAAGACAGAGGGAGGGAUGGGCAUGGCAUGUUCAGUGUUUUGGCACUUACAAGGGAGGGGAGUGGGUGA